AUGGAUUGUCCUGUCACAUCAGAUGGAAGCUAUAUCAGUUCCCAUGUGACAGGAUUUCCGACAGAGGACGAUAACCAGCGAGUCGGGGCACUUGCCUCUAUGCCUGUCACCAACGGCGUGAGGUACCAUGCACAGCCUGCUAUGCAUGAUUUGCAAUUCAUUCUCUCCCACCACUGGCCCCAUGUACUCGCAUUUGCAUCAGCAACCCUUCGACAGACUUCCGGAUUUCCGGCGUGCUCCAGAUCUCCCCCAGUUGGGAUGUCCAACGCAAUGCAGAUGCCAAGUCACACCGUAAACUCCGUUCCGGACUUGAUUGCUCGAAACCACGCAUAUUCGACCUCAUCAUAUGCUGUUCGUCGAGGCAUGGCCCCACUGACGGGCAUGAAUGAUGUCUCUCGCAGUUAUCACUACUCGGGCACGCCCCGUAUCCUUGAAAACGCUGUGGAUCGGGGCCACAAUGGUCUGUUCCAGCAUCCCGUCUCGGAGACCCCCCAACGCUCGCAGCAGACACAGGUCGAGGCUCCUCCUUUUGAAGAAACGAGCGUCCUUGAGUCAAUUGUUGCGGAACUAGGAGGAGCACAGCAGACUAUCAAGCCUGAGCUCCUUGCCAAAAUGGGCCGGGGUUUCUUCCCUUUCGAGGGCCGGUGGACCUGCUACCGCCGCAACUACUUUUCCGUCAACUGCAGCUUCCUUCUUCACCCGUUUCUUUCGAACGUCCCUCUCUACAUCCGCAUGAAUGAUCAGAGCCUCGAGAGAAUCUUCCGUUUUUCCAUGGCUAUCUCUGCCAUUGUGAACGGCCAGUAUGGAGAGACCCGUGAACUUGUGCAGCACACCCCGAAGCGAGACAAGCAGUCUGAGCGGAAGCCCGAGCGAGUCAUUCUUCAGCCUUCUCCUCCCGCUUCGCUGACCGCCAACUCGACUGGCAAUGGAACUCACACCGGCUUCUCACUUGGCUCGCAGUCCCUGGACUACAACUCUUCUUUCGCGGGGGCACCACAGCCCUGCCAGCCGCCCACCUCCCACAUGUUCGAGCGGAUCCAGUUCCAGAAGGCCACGGCCAACAACGGCAAGCGCCGUGCCCAGCAGCAGUGCUUCAACGUGGUGGUGGAACUCCAUGCCGAGAUUGCCGGCCCGGUUGCCGGCGAGACGCAGUGGGUGCAGGUCGCACGUCGCCUCUCUCACCCCAUGGUCGUGCGUGGCCGCUCGCCCGGCCACUACAAGGAUUCGCGCCGCGACAGCACCGCCAGCAUGGGCCCCGACGGCAGCAGCGGCGAUGGAAGUGCGGGCAACCUCCCUCCGGUGCUGGGCCAGCCGGGCCCCCCUUCGCACCUUUUCAUGUACGACUCUUCUUCGCACCGCAGUGGCGUCCCCUAUGGAAGGGCGGACUACCGCCAGAUGGCCGCUGCCGAGCACUCGCCCCUGAGCGAUAGCCCACUGAUCUCGUCUGCUUCGUCGUCCGGAUUCGACUACACCAUGAUGAAUGAAACCAUGGAUCCCAUGGACACUAUCAAACCCACCUCUACUACGGAUCCGUACCAAGACCCGACAUUUGCGGGAAUUACCAGCUCCCAGCCCCGUCACUCGGGUUCUGGUGGAUAUCACCCGGUCUACUCGACCUAUGGCCGUUACGACCCUAUUCAGCACAGUCUGUGCACCUAG